UGCCGGCGGGAUGCGACAGAGAGUGUGGCGGCUUCGGCUAGCGUGCUCCAACGCUUUGGUGCGUGCCUCGUCUGACGCGUCGGCGAAGCGGCGUUAGAGCAGUUCUCUCCCGGUCAGCCACGGGAGAAGGGGUCUCGUAUUCCCCCACCAUUUUAGUUUGCGCUCGCGUCGUGUGUCGGUGGUGGUGGUGGUGGUGGGGGGACGAGAAGAAGCUAUAGCCUGCUCACACAACCGAACAAAGACCGCAGUCUCCAGGCGCCGCAACAUCACCCGGUCGUCGUCUGCUCGCUUUCUUCCGUUGCCAGCGUUUUAGCCGUCGUCUGCUUCCGCUGCAUCUGCGGUUGCUGCGAGUGAACGUCUGCUAUAUUCCUAGCGCAUUUAUACGUCUUUAAAAGAAGGGCGCGCGCUGUGUGCUCAAUCGCGCUCUAUCGCCCCUGUUCCUUCGUUCGAGCCCACCCUGUGGCCACACUUUGCAGCGUGUUCGCUAUAGUGAAGCAGCCAUCGUCGUCGACGUCUUCCAGCGGUGUGCCUGUCUCUCGAGACGAGAGUCGAUCGUGGUGUUCGUGAGAGCACGUGAUUAAGAGGCGUACGCUGACUGUUGGACCGGCCCGAGAGCGAGAGAGAGAAAGAAAAAAAAGUGCCCUUCUUCGUAUCGUCUGCGCUCCGCGUGCCCUUCGUUCGGCUGCUGAUAGUUGCUGUCUUCGAGGACGGCUAAAAAUCCGAGAACUACGAAAUAUCAGCGUCGUUCCUCAAGCAGUCUUCUGGAUCGGUUUAUUCAACCACGCACCCAAGGAAAAGAACGACGUAGCUCGAUCACGACGCAUCUCUAUCGGGGAAAAGGCUCCUCAGGAAAACAUGUUUACCUUCAGCAAGCCCAGCUUUCUCACUUUGGUCGCGAGGCUGGUCCGGACCAAGGACCCAGCUUCUGACAUCACCGAAUCCAAGACAGAGCUCAAGCGAUGCCUGACGACGCUGGACCUGACCUCACUGGGCGUGGGCAGCUGUGUGGGCACCGGCAUGUACCUGGUGGCCGGCAUGGUGGCGAGAAACUUCGCCGGCCCAGGGGUCAUCUUCUCCUUCAUCAUAGCCGCCAUCGCAUCGCUCUUCUCGGGCGUGUGCUACGCGGAGUUCGGCGUGCGGGUCCCCCACACGAGCGGCUCUGCAUACAUGUACAGCUACGUGACGGUGGGCGAGUUCGUGGCCUUCGUCAUCGGCUGGAACAUGAUCCUCGAGUACCUGAUCGGCUCGGCGGCCGGAGCGUGUGCCAUAAGCGCCUGCAUCGACGCCAUGCUGGGAGGCGCCAUCAACGAAGCCUUCCGGAACACCUUCGGAACCAUCAUUGGUCACACACCGGACUUGCUGGCCGGCAUCAUCACCGUGCUGAUGAGCGCUCUCAUGCUCGCCGGCGUGAAGAAGUCGCUGCUGUUCAACAACAUUCUUAACUGCCUCAACUUUGCCGUCUGGGUCUUCAUCAUGGGCGCCGGACUCUUCUACAUCGAUACUGAUAACUGGACCAAGCACGGGGGAUUUCUUCCUUACGGCUGGUCAGGGGUUCUGGCCGGUGCGGCGACGUGCUUCUACGCGUUCAUCGGCUUCGACAUCAUCGCCACGACGGGCGAGGAGGCGGAGAACCCCAAGGUUGCCAUACCCACGGCCAUCAUCUUCAGUCUGGCCAUCGUGCUCACCGCAUACAUCACCUCCAGCAUGAUGGUGACGCUCAUCGUGCCGUACAGCCAAAUCAACGCCGGCGCGGGUCUGGUGGAGAUGUUCGCGCAGAGGGGUGCCCGCUCCUGCCACUACAUCGUGGCCCUCGGAGCGCUGGCGGGCCUCGUGGUCUCCAUGCUCGGCUCCAUGUUCCCCAUGCCUCGGGUGGUGUACGCCAUGGCCAAGGACGGCCUCAUAUUCAGGGCCCUGUCCAAGGUGUGGCCAGUGACAGAGACACCCGCGUUCGCCACCCUUCUGCUGGGUGGAGCCACUGCUGUCGUCUCCAUCGUGAUGAGCCUCGACGUGCUCGUCGAAAUGAUGUCCAUAGGCACGCUGAUGGCGUACACGCUGGUGUCGACGUGCGUGCUGCUGCUGCGGUACCAGCCGCGCACAAAGACCCUGGUGGAGCUGCUCCCCGAAUCGGUGCGCUCGCAGUGCCCUACGCCCAGCAGCGAGGCACCCCCGUCAAUGGUGCCCUCGCUUAGAGGACUGGGCCUGGGCUCUACGGGGCCACCCUUGGGCGCCUCCACCACCACCAUACGCACCAAGAGGUCCAACCGCGUCGUGACACCCGACAGCGACGACGACGAGCGGAGAGGAGCCGGUGAUGGCAGCCUACACGUGCUGCAGCAGGAAGGCUACGGCUCGAUGCUGGCCCCCCAGGAGAGCAUAGAGGAGGACAUGUUUCAACAGCCCACCUGGUGGGAGACCAAGACCAAGCAGCUCGGAUACCUGCUUCCCUUCCUCAGGGGACACCCCGGACCGGCCACCGACAGCUCUGGCAUGAAGGUGAUGAAGCUGGUGGGCCUGCUGUACGUGUUCGCGAUCGCCUUCGACCUGGUGAUCGUGUGCGGCGUCGGCGCCCUGGAGCGGGGCAACGGCUUCGUGCUCGUCUUCCUGUUCGCCUGCUUGGCGGGCAUCCUCGCCUCCGUCUUCCUCAUCGCCAAGGAGCCGCAGGCCAAGUGCGACCUCAAGUUCAAGGCCCCCGGCGUGCCAGUGGUGCCGGCCAUUGCCGUCGUAGUCAACAUAUACCUGAUCUUCAAGCUAUCUGUGCUCACGCUGGUGCGAUUCAUAGUGUGGAUGGUACUAGGCAUGUUCAUGUACUUCUGCUACGGCAUCAAGAAGAGCAACCUGGAAUCGCUGAUGGAGGAGCGCAUCGAGCUCAAGAUCCCCACGCAGGGCUUCACCCUGCAGGCGCCGCCGGCGCCCCCGCAACAGCGGCAGCAGCAGCCUCCCACCGCUGAGGAGAUCAGCGCCAAGCUCGCCGACGUGGCCAAUGGCCGGCCGACCGCGGUGCCUCCGAGGCCGUACGAACCGCAAGAGGAACAAGUUCCCACGCGACGCUGGCACACCUUCGAGUGAUCGUGGAGCAGCGACGUCGACGUGCCGAGACACGUUCCCCCGUGGCUAUACACCGCGACGUUCUGCGGGGCCGGGCCCCCGCAACAGACGUGGCUUGCGUGUACGGCAGCCGUUCGAAAAGUUUCGGGAACCGCAGUGCUUCUUGCCACGUUAUAUGUGGAGAGCUUUCCCGCUCCCCGGUGGGCGUUAAUCGCCGUCAGCAGCGUACGCGUUGUCUUAAAUGCUUUGCCAAAAGUUAAGAAGCUGUUGCGGGCGCGUGGCAAGAGCUGUCGCUGCAGGCCCUGUGAAGGGACGCGCAGCUUUCAUUGCUUCGAAGCUCAAAAGAAAAAAAAAAAAGGACGUCAAGCGGGACGGUCUCUUUCGAAUCUCUAAGAACUGUGGGUCACCGAAGGUUCUGCUGUGAUCCCGCCGUAUACGCUGUCCAGCGACAGCUCCGGUCAAGAGCGGCACCGGCUUCGAAACUUUUGUUUUAGCACUAACACCGUGGAGGGGGUAAAGGAAUUGGAUCUCUCAGCUCACUCUCAACCUACAGAUAAUUGGACGGCUAUGAAUCAAGUCACUCCGAGCUAUAGUAUUUCGUUCGAUUCUAACCGGCGGCGAGUAUACAGUAGUUCACGCAGCGUAUCACAAAUGUAGCCGCGAAGCGUGCGCCAACCAUUAACCUCUCCACCUGGUUACCAACUUGGGAGAGACCGCGCUCGAUUGCACAGUUUCGAAGUGUGGCAUUUUUUUUCCCCCGCGCACUUUACCGCUUGCCUUAGCUCUAGCACUGACAGUCUUGCGAAACGCAAACGCACCUGCCAGGUAACGUGUAUAGGUGCCAUCUUAAAAGAGUACUUGCAGACUGUCUGUUUGUCUGAGCAGGGCUAUCGGCUACGCGCGGUUCUUUCGCAAUAUCGUAUAAGCGCGCUGCGUGUUCCGAGAUCGAGAAUGCCGACUGGUGGAGUCUCUUAGCAUUCCCACUCCAGUGCCUAAAGGUAGGCGCGCGCGUCUUUAAAGACAACGACAUGCCCGCACACCUUUGCGCACGCUCGCGAGCAUGAGGCUAUGGCGGUGGUCCAACUUAAAAAAAACUUGACCUUUCUGCACAGGCGAAAACUGUAAGGCAAUUCGUUGGAAUCAAACUGCAAAAUAUGUGCUUAUACAGCACCAGAAACGCGCCCGUUUGCCGUCUCUUCUAUAUGUCGCAACAAGGAAAGAAGAAAUAUUGAAAGAAAAAAAGAUUGCUUGUGCAUUUCUUGUCGGUGCCACAGCGCUGUUUGCCAUUUCACGUCGUUCGGAACACCCUUCUCCCGCGAACGGGCAUAUCAGUCGUCAUAAAAGGUUGCAAAUGUACUCUUACGCCUCUGUGCAUCUGGCCACAAUCAGGUGAAGUGAAAUAAGUCCGCACCUUUCUCCUAAUCCAGAAGUCCACAGCGUGGCCUUUAAUGGUACCGUCAACAGGUCCAUUCACCCACUUUCCGCUAGCAUCGCUCUUUCUUAUCUCGAUGGAAGGUCGCCUGAGAUUGGGAACGGAUGAGGUGUGUAACAUCUGGCGUGGCCCAUACAUAGAGCGUGAUUGGUCAUGUGCCUCUACUGGAUGUAUUCUGCAUUAGAAUUCUAGUACACGCCAACAGGAAAUAUCCAGCCCACCCUCUUCCGUAUCUACAGAACCGAAGAUGGCAUCCUGUACGCUGACAAAUUCCGCCAUCUCGUCGGGUUCGCAAUUUUGUCUGCUCUGAUUGGUUCGCGGGGCGGCUGCACACACUUUGAUUGGCUCAAAACUCAAAUACAGAGAAAUAUGAGUGUCCAGGAAAGCACGUCGGAGCAAUGAAUACCUAAAAGUUCUGAUGGCACACUCCAAGUUGGUUGCCGUAUAUCCGGGCGGCUUACAUCCUCAGCUGGAAAGCCUGGGACCUCCCAGGUAGACUGCGCAGUGUUCAUUUAUUCGAACAAACUUUCUUGCCCCUUAGAAACAUACAAUCGCCAUUGCCCCUGUAGCCUCGUGCGCGUGUGCUACUAAGAACUCCAAAUUUCGUGGCCUGUAGUGUGUUUCGCCGCGUUACUGCUAACUCCAACGUUCGUGUAUCCGUUAAAAAUCGCUGCCAUCAUUCAAACAUCAUUAGGGCUACGGCACAGACAUAUGUACGGAGCAGGUGACCGCGUUGCGACCGCCGUACAAAUGUUAGCGCCAUCUUUGACGAAACAUGUCACGUCGUCUCCCCGGGUCGAACGGUAGGCGUGCACGACGUACCGAACAGGGCAAGGCAAGCGCGGGUGCAAUGUACGUGGCCUCUCUUUGCGCCCCACCGCCAUCUCCGCAGAGCGCUGUAUUUGUUGGUGGGCUGUUCGUAUCGGAGGACAACGUGUGACCUGUUGAACUGUGAGCACUGUUCUUCGAGGCACGGGACAGCGCACGUGGUCAGGUAUGAUGCCGCCGAACCUCGAUAUAACGAACACGGAUAUAACGGAUUAUCAGAGGUAAAUCUAAAAUCGGGCUGUUCAUGCUCUGUUUCACGGGUUAUUCCUCAAGCUGUGACUAUACCCGAAAUUCGCGAUCCGACACCGUAUCGGUUGUAACGGAGUGAAGUUUCGUUUGCCCGUCGCUGAAGGGAUGCGUAUUCUGGUAGCAAUCGUGUCACAUGCAGCUGCCGGCUGGUUAGUUCGAACGCCUGAUAUAAAGAACAACAAAUAUAGCGAAGAUACUUGUCCCUACCUUAUAGCGAGGUUCGAUCGUACAGCUGUCUAGGAGGCAAAAUCAUGAAGGCAGAUCGAGUUCUGAAGAGGCCCGCGGUACUACAUGUAUCUCUCUCGUGGUGCCACACUGACUGUCAAGCCCGGAUAAACGCCUAACGAAAUGUACCCACGUCUUCCUGUAGUCGUCUCGAAGAGACAGUAAGCAGCAGAUUUAAAUAAAGAAACAUAAUAAUACAGUCGCGUAUGCGCGUAAAAUGUAAUGUACCGUAUACAAUAUAGCCUGUGGAUAGACCGUACAAUGAAUGUCCGCUUUACCCGUUCCUCCAAAGCGUAUAAAGUGUUUCUACGUGGCGUUUUUUGAGUGUAUUGUUCUUCCGUUUUAUGCGCGAUGUAUGGUGCUACCGUGGAUGUCAUAUCAAGCGUGGAAAGCGGAGUCUUUUGGAAGGUGCAUAAUUAUCAGCGCACGAGUUUUCCGUGUCUCGCGUGUACGAUAUCAGUAUAUCAAUUACGAAUGUCGUUACACACUAUAUGCAGUCAAACUCGAUGGUAACGAACUCGUGCACAGCAAAUUCUGCUCCAUGUAGAACACGCAUCACUUAAUUCUUAAGCGAUAUUCGUGCAAAAAGACGAACCGUACAUUGGAUAUAUUGAACUAUAAGAGCGCCCGGAGCGGCUUUUUUUUUUUUUUUCGCCUCUGGUUUGCAAAUCUGGUAUUUUUCAGACAUGUGGCUAGUGUACUUUGACAGCGUGUUCACCUAGGGUGCAGUACGAUGCAUAAACCGAUAAUGAACUUGACCAUGUCUGGUUGUUGUCGCGUUAAUUAUACAUGUGCUGCUACUGGGAAAAUCAGGUCACCAUGAGCGGUUUGUCGCGCGCCUCUGUUCUACCCGAGUAUAACGAACUCAUCACAAAGGCUUGUUCGUUAAACCAGCGUUAGGGUAUAUCGAAUUACUUGACAUAUCGAAGUAUCUCUAGCGCACGAACCAGUUCGUUAAAACCGAGUUUGACUGUCGUUGAUAGAGCCGACGGCAUAUUAUCUUCAGAAAUGUAAUUAUUUUGUGUAACGCGCGCUUGCUUCCUUGUAUUUUCGGCUCGCUCGCUAGACGGAAAAUGAAACCUGGUUAAUAUACGCGGCGGCAAAUUCUAUUUACUGUUUAAGUUGAAGAGCUUCCAAAGUGCUUCAUUUACGAGGAUUCAACAUAUCGUUUGUUUAUUUAUUAGUUUAUAUUUUACGUGCGGAUAACGCGCACUUUCCUUCUGAGCAUUGUGACGUAUUGGACAUAUCGUUUUCCGGUAGUGUAGAUUGUAUAAACCUGUACGCGCACUUUGUAGUGAAAUUUAUCGCGACAGACCAAUGUGAAACAAAUCAAUUAGAGACCAUAACAUCGGUAUAGCCGAGGAAUUUCCUCGUUGCUGUUUCGUAAUGAUCACUUGGUUAUCGGAUGCUGCGGUGCCAAUGCUAGUGUACGUUGCAUUGGCUCGCGCAUGUUUAUUUCAAAUAUGCUCUUUUCCUUAUGUCGUUGACAUGCGCGUGACGGUGUAGCACGAAACUUUCGUACUGCUCACGUAGCUGUCUCUCGAAUUUACGACCACUACACACAUCAACUCUGCCAUAAAGCAAAGAAAACAUAUGUGCCCAGAAGGUCGCUCUUAACCUUGUAUAUCCGGCCGUUGUGUCCAAAACAAAUUUUCUUUCUAUAACUUGCACGUUCGGCAUCUUCGACUGGAUAACCUCUACAGUAAUGCCGAAAUGGCGCUCUUCACUUGCGCUUGCGCCAAGAAGAACAACGCCACUACGUGUUGAAACUCUGCGUCAGUGCAACGAAAUUGAAAGCGUGCGAUGAUACCCUCGUAAUAACCGUAAUUUUGUUACAAUAGCACGCGUUGUAGUGUCCUGGUUUAGUAUAGGGGCGCUGCAACGAUUUCUGUUAGUUCGCUGUUUCCUUUUUCUUUUUUUCGCUUUCGUUAUAACAAGCUCCUCCUCUUUGACAGGAUGGUUGUCGCGCGAACGGGCAGCGUUUAUUUUUUCGUGUACAUAAGGCGGUUGUUAGGUGAAUUGUGCGCGCCGGACAUCUUGAACGAAGCGAAGGUCGGAUGACCGACGCGUUUGUAGGUCGGAUGGUUUUAGUGUUACGCAGGUUGUGAUUCCCCGUCGCAGAAACGGAUGGAACUCUUCGCAUCGGUGACAUGUCUUCGUUGUUUUUGAGAGCGAGCCGAACGCACACACUGUCACUUGUUUCUUGUCUACUCUUCGGGUUGCUAUAUAUAUACAUAUACAGUGUGCAAUACGUAUAUGUCGUGCAUGAGUAUGCAUCAGUCAUCAAACAGAGCGCUGUUCUGCGCGAGCUGCGCAUUGUGUCUGUGGUUUUAGCGAGUUUUAGUGGGUCGUUGCAGAUGUCCUUCCCUGCCCGAGAAAACUGUUCCCCGCCGUAUAACGCUACUCAGCUUUACUUUCCUUUUUUUUUUUAUUCCCCCGCUUUUGAACUCCUCUGUAGAGUUCCCGAUUCCGUUUAGUUCAAGUCAUUCCAGUGUUCACAAAAGAGUCACUCAAUACGAACGCUCUCACGCGACCACAGCAAUGCAUUACUUCGGUUUCACAAGCCUAUAGCAGUGCCAGGAGACGGAGGUGUGACGUUCUUACUCCUUCAUUGCCGAGAAACUGCAGCUGUCUAACGUUCAAUAAGCGGUAGCAAACAUCACGGUAAUUGAGCGGCUGAACGGGAACAAACUUGUGGCUACGCAACGACCUUGCACAGCUUCUAAGGGCGAAAGUGCACGUAUUUCUUCAAUGGAACACGGUCGCAUUAACAGGAAACAGUGACUGAUAUUAGAGGGAUAUCAUAUCACAUCGUUUUCAGGAAAUGACAGGGGAGGAGGCUGAAGUAGAGGUGCUGGUAGCUACAGGCGCCAUUGGCAUUGCAAAUAACACCAACAACUGAUCCACCCGAGCACCAUAAUCCAUAAUAAAAAAAAAUAUCGGAAACAAAAGACAUAUCAAGUGCAUUAUUCAAGCUCGAGAAAUUAUAUGAUUCAACGUACUGUCGCAUCUCCGGUAUGUUUUGUUAGAGUCUGAGAAUUUCACCGAAGGCUUUUUGUUUUCUAUUGCAAGGCAGGUUGAAAGAUGCGUAUUUUUCUUUGGCAUACCAGAAAUAAGAGUCGGUGCUUGACGCUUUUCAAAUGAUGUGCAUUCAGUCCGAAACGCACGACUUGAGUUUUUUCGGCCACUUUGAUAGUUAACAUGGUCUGUCUACGCUAAGGAAGUGCUUGCGCUUGAACAACGAAACAUACCUACCGUGCAGGCCGAACCCAGCAGUCUGUGACAAAGUUUAACUGUUCGUAUACCAUUUAUGGAUAUUUGCUAAUUUUGUCAUACUUUUGUCAGGAGAUUAAGCUCUCAUUUGAUUGGCGAUAUUUCUGCCAUGGCAAAAGAAAGUACUUCAUUUUUCGCUUUUAAGAAUAAACGCAACAGUGAACUCACAAGUAUAACGCCUUUAAGGUAACUAAUAUGGUACUCUUGUACUUCACCUUUUCGAUCACAUUUAGUGAGGCUGUAAAAAGUUUGUUACUUGUGAAGAAUUGAAAAGCAUCGUUGUGCACUGUUGUGCACAUAGCAAGAUCGCUGCUAAGCUACGUAAUUUUUUUCAACAUUUCUUGGCAUUAACGGGAAUGAAGCGACCCAAUUACGCUCCUCGAGCAAUAAAGCAGACAGCGAUUCGGCAAUAAUUAUACCUGACGCGAUACCACCUUAGCUGUCGUCUGCAUUCGUUGACUUCGCGUCGUUUAAGACGGGCUGAAGAUCAUUUCGUGAAUUUUAAUAAAGCAAACAAGUGUUGUCAACACCCACACUGCAGAGAAAGCUUCUUUGCCCCCAAGACACGUUUGCUGAACAUAUUAGCAAUACUGUACUGAGCAUAACUGCUUUAGUCUAAGCGUUCAUUUCAAUCGUCCAUUAUUUUUUAUUUAGGAUAGAUUGCGCAAUCGCAUUGCGACUAAGUCGCGCCGUCGUUGCGUUUAGAAGUUUCUUCAAAAUAUAUCAAAAACUUAUAGAAAGUUUGGCGAUUGCUCAUUAAAGGGACACUAAAGGGAGACAAGAGUAACACAGUUCAGACUGGUAAGCUUACCUUUAAAAUUAUAUUUGAAUUUCCUUGAGAAAAAAUAAGCAUUAUCAGAAAAUAUACCUGAGCCUGCGUUCUGAACCUGUCACUAGCAGACGGAAAACCACACCGCUUCAGCUAAACUAAAACAUAGCUCCCAAGAUCACUGUUGCACCGACAAGCUCGGAGCCUCUACGCGCAUAACCAAGGCUUCCCGAACCAGUGAACGUCUGCACCGUUCGGUCGACGGUGCAGACGUGUUCCGGAGCGCGCGUUUUUCUCAUAUCUGGAAAAUUUUGGCGGAUCAGUGUAGCUUUCGCCAAACGUGUCAAAGCCGCUAAGGGAGUACCAAGAACUGCCACCAGACACUGUAGCGAAACUUCGUCACAGGCCAAAGCUGUCGAGAUGGUUGUUACUAUGGCAAUAGAUGGUGUCCACCAUAGAGUUUAUGGUGUCCACAUACCAAUAUUAGCAACGGCUCCCUCUGCGUAUUGGAAACGGAUAUCGAAGGACAUGCUUUUUUCCGUUCUGCGGGGGGCCGAAAAGAAACCAGUGACGUCAAGGCAGCCUUAUCCUGGAGGCACCACCUAUAUCCAAAGAGCGUUGGAGAUGUUACAGUGCACGGCAUUGACGAUCAGCGGUAAUGACACGCGCGGUGACUCUAGAACUUUUGACAAAACGCUGUAAGUUACCACCUCGAAGGUUACCGUUAGGACCACUCUCGCCACUGUAGUAGAGGACGACAGCAUAAUCGCGCAGGAUAUCUCGCAUGGCCUCGGAACAUUCGCUACACAUUCGAGCGUGAGUAGCAGUGUACAUUGAUUUCAUUUUUUUCCCCUCCGUAUUCCUUAGACUUACAUUCCAGUUCCUCUCUAGUUGUGUACAUACACUUUCUGGCUGCGCGUGAAUGUUUAUGUGCCUGUUGGAUGACGACGCGGUCUGAGUUGUCUCUGUGCGUAACGCGUCGCAACUCGCCCGAUGUUAUAGUCUCUGCGCAUGCGUAAGCCACCUGUUCGUCUGCCUUGCUUCGCUAGAAGCAAAAAGAAAGAAAAAAAACGUGAAAGAAAGAAAGAAAAACGUGUUUCUGCCACAGCUGUACAUAAAAUGUUAAUCGCCUCCUGUGUGUUCGGAGGAUUUAGACGAUUAGCGUUUCUAACUGUUGUGCGUCCGUCUUCGUGUGCGUGUUUCUUUCUUUUUUUUUUUUGGAGGCUGUAUAUGUUUGUCUCCCACACUUUUCUGUAAGCGCAAUCUUAAUUGCCACACGACAAUGCAAGCUGCGAACCAUUUUUUUCCCCUUUCGGCGCUCCGAGUGAAACGAUGCGAAUAGAGCGGUAUUUGAGGGGGGGGGGGGGAAGGCAUUGUGAACAAUAUUAUAACAAUAUUAUUAUAACGACUUUUGAUUUAUGCAAAAUUUGUUGCAAUUGUAGCAGUUGUUGUAAUUUGAUUCACGGUGCUCCGAAGUUUCGGCGAGGCGUAUGCAUUUUCAGACCUCGACGAGCAGAGGCGAAUGGUUUUUGCGCGUAGUUGAAGCAACAAUUACGGUUAGAUUGAAGUCCCCUGUCAUCGCUGAUGACGUCGUACUAUAUGCUUGACUUUCUUUUUUUUUAACUUGCGUGCGUGCUUGUUAUCUAGAUUAGCACAUACCCUGCGUUGGAGAUUCACGAUCAACAUUAGAUAUUUGCGAAAUUAUGGUAAAAAAACGCAAACUACAGGAUCUCAAUUGAGCCCGUUUCUGGGUCUCUUAGGUACAGAGAGCCACAUAGAUAACGCAGUCAGAGCGAACCAUAUCAUUGUUGCGGCAGCAUCGUGUGCAACUGACGAAACUACGUUGUAUAUGGGAGCAGGUACCAGACAGUGCUGUCGAGCACCUGCAACAAAGAAAAAGGCGAUGUACUAUGGUGCGCGAGAGAUAAGGAUAACCAUAUCGACGUUACUGUUAGACCAUAUCUGUAUGGCGUAAAGUGUGUCUGGCGCAGACAAGCACAUCUUCUUGGUAAAAAUUACACAGCACACUCUAAGAAAACUGUGCAUCCCUUGGGACUUAUACUUGCCUCCAAACAAGAAUCGUCAUCUAUAUCUUUCUGCACUCCAUGGCUUGCUCUCUUUACCGCUGCGUGCUAACACUUUCUUGUCAGGAGCACUGAUACGCGCAUGCAGUCGCUGACCUCGAAGUACCGGGAAUGCAGCGUUAAGGGCAGAAAGUGUACUCAAUACAGACGGCAAUUAUUCUGGGCAGAUAAGAUAAUCCCCAAAGGAUGCACGUUUUUCUAAGAGUGUAGGGCACGCCGCGCGUGCGUGAGGCUUGCUCGUUGCCGCUUUGACUUAUUGCCAAUAGCGGAUAUGCACCGACACCAUCGAUGUCGCCAUAUCGUAGUACAGCCAGCAUGGUGAAACGCUGGGCAUUAUCUCGAUCCGCUUAUCUCCAGCAGCACAGUGGUAUCGGUGGAUAGGACUACAAGAUGGCGCACGCGGCAUCAUGUGAACACUCUCAAUACUGCAACCCCGCUGAAACAACAUUGCGUCAGGGUGAGAAUUUUUCGUCUUUUUUUUUUUUCGUCAGUAGAUUUUAUGCACGCAGGGUGUGCCCCAGGGCACCUCUCACGCGGCCCAGCAACAUCUAUCGGUCAGAGUGCGUUUAGCAUAUAUUUUAACGCAGACGCGCGAGCGUGCAAUGCAAUGCACGAACGCUUGUGUGCGAACAGCGACGCUGGUUGUGACGUCGUGAGAAGUUGGGCUCGUGAAAAGCGCGAUAUACCACUAUGCGGUGAGCGGCUAUCUUCCACUUAUCUACUAGCGAAACAUGUCGGCAGCGACGUAAUCAGCGCGAUUACACUUUUUCUUUUUUUGAGAAAGAAAGUCGUUCAAUGAUAACACCUUCAAGACCGGGCGGGAGACAGCGCGUUCACCCGAUCCUGGAGGCCCCGCGAUAACGCGCGCAUGGUUUAACACAGCGCCACAAGCAUGUCGCCAUCAGUGCUACCGUUCUCAAUAAGAGCCUCCUCUACGCUAUAGCACGUCUAUUCUGCACUGUAACGUUUGAUCACCGUCUCACCGUGAGGCAGCCGGCAACAACAGCGCUGUCGGCGACCUCUCGCGACGCCAUCUUGAACCACAAUGUGUUAGGAGCAUACUUGUGUGGCACUACUCUUGUCGACGUGAAAAACGUUGAAUACUGUACAACAGUGUCGAAGUCUGCGCCUAGCGAAGGCGUUUAGAGCUCCAUCAGAAAGAACACCGUCGCCUAUCUUGCAUUAGACGUUUCGCACAAAUCAGUUGAGAACAGUUCCACUUGGUGUCGCUACCGGCGCGGUGGUUCCAGGAUCCGUGUUGCCCACACGAUUUGCGUACGUUGUGCGUGGCGUAAGACGAGCCUUGCUUAGCCGAAAUCAACGUUCUUGAAGGCUACUUGUCGCGGACGUAUAGUUUCUGUGUGCUUUCGCUUGUGCUUUGUUUGCAUGUGUGUUUAUACAAGCUAUAUCAAACUGUUGUCGCGCAUUUGUCAUGGUAUAGCGUAUGCAAAUGCAUUCAGCUUUGCUAUAGCAGUUGAUCAGCACUGUUUGCGUUAUUUUGUUUUAGCGGUGAUCACGUUGCCUUUGAAGAUUGUCGCCAUGUUCGACUCAUUUGUUCACUGAAUGCAACAUGGCUACCUGCUUUCACAGCCCAGGUGGGUUGCCAUAUUGUUGAAGUGUCCGCACUCGUGACAAUGCGCAUUUGUUCACAAAACACAAUGCCGGAGCUGUAGCGCUGUUUCCUUUUUUCUUCUUUUUUUCCCCCUCGGGUGUGACUGCCUCUUAAGCAGCUUCGGGGGCUCACUGUUACGCUAUUGCAGCGUCGUUUCACUAUUGUAUGUUGACGUUCUUCAAUCAUCACACAGAACGCGCAAGGAUCUGUCAGCCUUGUCUGUUUGCUGGGAAGUGCGCACGCUGAUGUAUUUACGUUGAAGUCUGUCACUGUAACUGUGCGAAGCGAAAGCGCGCCUUACUGUCAGGGGCAUGAUCAAUUACUCAGAUAUAUUUUAUUCCUUUUGCGAUCUCCUAUAUGACCUUAAAAAAACGAGAUCUGAGCGCAUAUCCAGUCAACAAAGACUGGCGCACUGAUCUGAAAUCUUUCGGAAAAGCAGCGGGGAACACAAUAUAGCACCGAACACGACGAGCGAAGUCUAGUAUACACCCGGAAUGAAAUGCGAGUGUAUUUGAGAAAAUAACUUUCACGGUGGACUUUUAACCUUCUUUGACUGGCCUUUGCUUCCUCCGCGCAUACUUUCUGGUUUAUUUUUUUGUUGUUCCGUUAAGUAAAAGCCCUCCAAUUCUGGAGGGCUGAGCGAGCAAAGUGUUUACUUGCAGUUGUUUGUUAUCACAUUGUCGUUGCCUCAACACUUCUCGUUUCAACGGCGCUCGCGCUAGCUGCAUUGCCAUUACUACGUUCCGGUUCUUUCACGACGCGUCACGAAAACUGGAGACACUGCAAUGCAGACUGACCAUGUACUGCCAGUGUUGCAGUUCACCGCGGUUUCCUCGGCGAGCCGUACCAUCGCCGAUAUCUAAGGAAGGCAGAUUUUGAAAAAUAAAGAAAAAUGAAAUGUCAGUGCAGCGCUGAUUAUUAGGCCACCCGGGGACGAAAUAAAAAUGAGGUGGACGCGCAAAGCUGCAACAGCAUGCAGUAAUCGAUCAUGCUCUUUCUACCGACUGUGUACCGAUGCACCGAGGACGGCUUCCUUUGUUCUCGUCGCACGUGAAUGCUGCGAUGUUUGCGCACGAUCUCGAAGCUCGCUUCGACCAGGCGCCAUGCACUCGCUUGUAUUAGCACUGUGUGUGGCGCGCGCUUGUGCGAGGAUGUAUUACGCGCGAUGCCGAUUGUUUACGAGUGGCACAUUCCGACACCGCGGGGAAGAGAUGCACGAAAAUAGAGAGAGAGAGAAAGAAAAAGAAAAGACAUGCCGCCUGGCGGUCAUCUAUUGUCAAUGGCAAUCGUUCACAUGGUGUCUGCUAUAUAAAUAUAUAAAAAAUAUAAAUACAUUGCUGUAUAGUAAUAAUAUAUAUAUACAUAUCUCUAUUUCCAUCUCUACGUGUCGGAGUAAUUAAAUAUAUGCAAUAAAAACGAGAAUGGCACAUUCAGAAAA